AUGCCACGCUCAUCCGCUGCGGGUAGGAAGAACCAGAACAGUCGACACGACAAUGGCCUCGUCGGUCCCGGCAAGAAAGUAACCAAGCAGAAAUCCAGCGGCCACCUUAACGGCUCCCCCGGCAACGGCUCUGCUCCCGGCUCGGGUGCCGCCACUCCCUUCGAUUUGUCGGCGAGUCGCUCCAACAGCGAUACCGCGAUCACCCCUCCGACUAUCGCGACCAAGGGUGUGGAUGGGAUCAAGGCCGAUGGCAAUGCGCGUGGAAUGGUGAAUGGACAUACAAAGAGUGCGGACAUGGCGUGUGGUCAAGCAAACGGUGCCGUGGCGCAAAUUGGUGGCAUGGCCGGCUCGGUCUCGCGCAAUGGCUCUACAAAGCGCUCGGGCUCAAACGCUUCGAUCAACCCCCUCCAGCUCGCCUCCACGAUCCUCAAGUCGUGCCCCAUGUACGACACCAUCGCCAUUUUGAUUUUUCUGCUACAACUCCCACCGAUGGUUCUGACCCUGGUACAAUUCUUGUUCGCAUCCUUGACUUUCAUGCCUCCGAGCGGUGCCGCCGCCGGCUCCCUGUCGUCGAAUUUCGACAUCUUUCAGGGUCCGGCUGGUACCCCCUCUCUGGGGACAAUGAUCGCCAUGGACGGAUUCUGUCUUCUUUUCUGGGGCCUCUUCAUGUGGACGUGGGCACAAAAUUUUGCGAUAGACCUCGCUCACGUCCAGGUUGCCAUCACGUUAGGUGGCGGAGGCUCCGGCAAGAAUGGUGGGGUCAACGCCAUGUGUGUCGGGAUUGUUCUGCUUCUUCACAUCAUUCGCAGCAAAGGCAUCCAAGACUUUGUCAUGGGCCAUCUCGUUUCCGCCAAACUCAUCAGCCCCGACCUCCUCUCUCAAUACUCGAAUCUCCUACCCGCCGAAUUCCGACGAACCGAAGCGCAAACCUCUCCGAGUUGGUUGAGAAGUCUCCUGGCCGUUCAUAUAUUAGCACAAGCGGGGACUGCGAUGGCAAGACGUUCGAUGGCCAAGAAUCGGGCACCUGCACCGCCGAGGAGCGGCAAGCGCGUGGAUACAGAGGCUUCGGCAGGCUCUCAAGGCCAGCCCGAUUCUGCUCUCGAGUCUGCCGCCAGUCUCUCAUCUUCUCUCAUGGGCCCGGAUGGGCAAUUUCUCAAGGAUAGCAAGGAUCGUCUUACUUCUGCAAAGAAACGCAGACGCCAAGCAAAUCAGGUCCGGAGUCGCCAACCGUUUUGGGCCGCGCUCGCCAGUACAAAGGUCACCGUGAUGCGGGAAUACGAGCACUCGCGAGCGUUGUCCAAGACGACACGCGGGCUUACGUUGACCGAGGAGGAUUUGCAAGGCGUUUCUCUCGACGAUGGAUUGGUAUGGAUUACGGAUGUGGAUAGUUCUACGAUCAAGUUCGCCGCGGGCGAUCUUUCUGAUGAGUCUACGGCGCCGAGCUCUUGUGAAACUUCUCGAUUGGAGGGAGAGAUAGAACCGUUUUAUGUCUGUGUCAACGGGGCACUUUGGGCUACCGCUACGAUCUGCAGGGUCUCCGACUCGUCUAAGGGGCCAAGCAUGGUUCAUUGGCGGGGCGAGAUCUCUGGACUUGCUCCUAACUGUGCUUAUACUUGUUCCUUCGUGCGCAGUGAUACCGAUGAGGAAUUCUGUGCCAUGAGUGUCAAGACGCCAGCCACAACCGACACAGAACAAGUUAUUUCCGCGGUUUCGACUCCCCCGCAGCCGCCCUAUCGACCCUCUUCCCCUACGACCACGUUGAAGAAUUCUAUUAUCAACGCCGAAUCCAAGUUGAACGAGAAGCGCUCUCGGUUGAAGAAGACAAAGAACGACCACCGACUUGUUAUCGCGAAAAUCCGAAGGGAGCUGGACAAUUUCACCCACCGUCUUCAGAGUGGGACGGACGAAAAUCGACAAAAGCAGCGCUCACUCCAACUCGAGCGGAACAUUCAGCAGACAGAGGAAGCGACCGCGGCGUUGAAGGUACAACUGGACAGCAUGGAGAAGGUGCCGGAAGAGGAGAUUGAGCAGUGGUCUGCGCACAAAGCCGAUUUCGAUCGUGAACUGGAGCGUUUUAACGCAGCCAAAGAGGACCUUGCUGAAGCUCGGCUUGCCGCGGCUCAGCAAGUGGCGGCACUGGAGCAGGAGUUGAAUAUGGUUGUGCAGAAGCGCGAGCGUCUUCAAGGCCGCCGUACACGAGUCAACGAGCAGUACGAACGCAUCAUCUCGGCCAAUGCCCAGGGAUUGAAUGAGAGAGAGCGUCGCGCCGCCGAGCAGUUUGCCCGAGAGCAAGAUCAUGCCAAGUUGGAGGCCAACUUCCACGACCAGUUCGCGAGCAUCAGUCAUUCCGUGCAAGAGUUCCAGUUGCGCACCAGUGAACUUUGGCAGCAGGCAUCCGCUAUUGAACAGUCGAUUCAGCAACAGCAACAGCAGAUGCUUCUCGAGUCUGGCCCCCUCACCCCCGAGGGCAAUCUGCCGGGCACCAAUCCGCUGGAAGCAAGCUUGGCGACGACGGCUGCUCCGAACGGCCGCGCUCUAUUGGGCCUCAGCUUUCCUCCGACAAAGCCCAGUCCGCUACAGACAUCCUCUUCUCAUCCAACCAGCCCGGUACAAGAUGCCUUCAUGCCUCAUUUCCCUACCUCCCCGCUGGGCAAUGCCAACUCAAACUUUGGAUCCGAUGUCAACCGCGACCGCUCAUUCUCCAACCGCUCCGCUCGCAGCAGCCAAUACGGCUCGGAAUUCUUCGAGUCCAAUCGCCUGCCCCCCUUGCAACUCGAUCUAUCUGAAAUGCUUUUUGAAAAGCACCGGUCUGGGUCUGAUAGCUACGGGAAUGGUAACGGCUUUCUGCCACAGAACGGCCGUCCGGUCCUAAGUCCUUUCCAACGAGCCGCGAGUCGAGGAAGUGGAGCUGGCAGUGGAGCUGGUAGCGGCAGCGCCGGCAGCAGAAGUGGCAGUGGUAGUCCGAAGUCGGCACGCGGUUGA